AUGUUUAAUACUGUGUUAAAGCUGUGUGACGUCUCGUUGUGUCUGUCAGGCGUGAGCUGCUCCGAUGAGGACGAGAAACCUCGUAAGAGGCGGAGAACCAACUCGUCUAGCUCCUCCCCCAUGCUGCUGAAGGAGGUGCCUAAAGUGGCCACGCCCAUUUCCAAAACCAUCACGCUUCCGGCCAGACGAGAACGGCACAUUAUGUUUAAUACUGUGUUAAAGCUGUGUGACGUCUCGUUGUGUCUGUCAGGCGUGAGCUGCUCCGAUGAGGACGAGAAACCUCGUAAGAGGCGGAGAACCAACUCGUCUAGCUCCUCCCCCAUGCUGCUGAAGGAGGUGCCUAAAGUGGCCACGCCCAUUUCCAAAACCAUCACGCUUCCGGUGAGCGGCAGCCCCAAGAUGAGCAACCUGAUGCAGAGCAUCGCCAACUCUCUGCCGCCACACAUGUCGCCGGUGAAGAUCACCUUCACCAAACCCUCCACCCAGACCACCAACAGCACCACGCAGAAGGUCAGGCGCACUUCCUUCCUGUCAUGUCACAUUCCCACAAUCCUGCAUUUCCUUCCUGUCAUGUUCAUUAAGAUGCUUAUUCCUCCAAUAAUGCCACGGCUGCUGUGUGUAAUAAUGAUACAUACUAGGGAUGGGCGAUAUCUUAUCGUUUGUGAUAUACCGGGAAAAAUUCUCCCCACGAUAAGAAUUAGUCUUACUGCGAUAAUAACGAUAAAGCCUAGUUCUGUGUGCGACAUCGCGAAAGGCGGGUCCUCCGCGGCGGUGAAGGUGGCCUCCACUCGUCUGCCGUCUCCCAAGGCUCUGGUCAGCUCUCCGUCUCAGAUCCUGCAGAUUCCCAGAGCGCAGCAGCAGACGGCGGUUCAGUCUGCGUCUCCUAAAGGCCUGCAGGCCUCGUCUCCUCAGAGCGCCAGCGCCGGAGCCAAACCCACCAUUCAGAUCAAACAGGAGUCUGGAGUGAAGAUCAUCACGCAGCAGAUGCAGCCCAGUAAGAUCUUACCCAAACCCUCCAGCGCAGCGCUGUCCGGCAGUAGCUCCGCCCCCAUCAUGGUGGUCAGCAGCAACGGCGCCAUCAUGACCACUAAACUAGUGUCCACUCCCACAGGCUCUCAGGCGACGUACACUCGGCCGUCUGUCAGUCCUGCGAUCGGUGCGCGAGUGGCCACGUCUCCCGCCGGAGCCACGUACGUCAAAACCACGAGCGGCAGCAUCAUCACCGUCGUGCCCAAGUCUCUGGCCACGCUGGGAGGCAAGAUCCUCACCACCAACAUGGUGUCGGGAACUAGCACCAAGAUCACCACCAUCCCCAUGACCUCCAAACCCAACGUCAUCGUGGUGCAGAAGACCUCCGGCAAAGGGACGACCAUCCAGGGUCUGCCAGGGAAGAACGUGGUGACGACGCUGCUGAACGCAGGGGGAGAGAAGACGCUGCAGGCCGUCUCCGGAGCCAAGCCUGCUAUCAUCACUGCGUCGCGGCCCAUCACCAAAAUGUUCGUGACGCAGCCCAAGAGCCUCGGCGCCGGCAUCCAGCCGUCCACCAAAAUCAUCCCCGCCAAGAUCGUGUACGGACAGCAGGGCAAAACACAGGUCCUGAUCAAGCCCAAGCCCAUGGCGUUUCAGACGGCGCUGGUGAGCGAACAGACCCGUCAGCUGGUGAGCGAGACCCUGCAGCAGGUCUCACGCAGCGCCGGAUCCGGCCAGGAGGGGGCGCUCAAGGACGACUCGCCCUCGUAUACAGAGAGCAGCUCGGUGACCUCCGACAGCACUCACGACGCUCAGCCGGUGGUGCACCUCAUCACCUCCAGGGGGCAGGAGUGGACGGAGCAGGAGGUGUCUGUGGAGGCGAGUCCCACCAUCAUUUACCAGGACAUGACGGGAGAGUCUCAGUCGGCCACAUCCACCAUCAAAGCCCUGCUGGAGCUGCAGCAGACCAGCGUGAAGGAGAAGAGCGACGCCAAACCUCGCCAGCACACCAUCGACCUGAGUCAGAUGUCAGUGCCGAUCCCGGUGACGGAGAGGAGACAGUCCCCGGAGCCGUCGGGUCAGAGCGCCGGAGACACGGACCCCGUCACAGAAUACAUCCCCAUCGGUAAAGUGUGUAAGGCUGUGAUCGGAGGAGACGUCUCUGCAUCCAGCAGCCCGAGUCCGUCAGCAUCCGCUGCGUCUGGACACGCCACACAACAGGCAGAAUUGGUAUAUCCGUACCGGCCCAACACACACACGCAGCUGUCUCAGCCGCCGCCGCUGCAGGCGCAUCACCCCGCGGGCUCCAGCAAGACUCCCAGCAGCAGCCAGCUGCAGCAGCCGAUCAUCACGCAGGGCGCAGCCGUCACGAAGAUCACGUUCGGCGCUCAUCAGUGCCCCCCGGUGUCCAGCAGCGGCGAGGCGUCCGUCAAGCUCCAGCCGGAGUCCAGCUCCAGUCACACAGCGCCAGAGAAGACCUCCGACAUCCUGAAGAUCUCCAUGAUGGAGGCAGAGAUCGAGCCCAUGGUGGUGGACUCCUCCAGCGACUGCGGCCCGCUGACCAAACCACCGAGCGCCUCGCCGCUCAUCAGCAGCUCCAAACAGACGCUCGGCCGCGUCAAGAGCAAAGACCUGGACAUCAUACAGGUGAUCCCGCAGUACUCCAUCAUGCCCGACUCCAGCCAAUCAAACGUGGUGGUGGAGCCCAGCGGCUUCCUGGAGAUCUCCGACUUCACCAGCCAGCGUCUGGACGAGGAAGCUGCCAUGGAACAGGAAGUGGACAGCAGCAACGACGAGGGGGCGGCGGCUAGCCCCACGGCCGACCAAUCACAGUGAAGCGUGCGGAUUUGAUUUGUUCAGAGGAGAAAGACCUUCUGUUUGUGCUUCAUCACGGCUGUAUAGUGAAUCAUGCAGUGAGUUUGUGCUGUAGAGACCUUACUUUAUGGAGAAUACAAUUCCUGACGGAACGAUAGGAAUGUUUGUUUUGAUUUCUACUUAAAGGGACAGUUCACC